AUGGGCUGGCACUUGCAGCGUUACAUCGCGAAAGCCGGGAGAGCCGUGAACCCGCUCGUCUGGAAGCGCGUCUGGAAGGAGAACGAGGGGAAGCAGCUGAACGACGUGGCGUCCCGGGUGGCGCAGCAGCUCAACGACGAAAUCGCCCAGGUCGCCCGGGUCUCGCAGUACCGGUACUGGUGGUGGGCCAACCCUCUGGGCGCCGGUCUCAUCUGCUACGGCGUGUACAAGGUCUGGUACAUGUCGUACAUGGCCCACAAGCAGCGGACAGGUACGUUCGGAGGGUUGUGUUUUGUACAUUAUUUCGCAGUUGCGCAAAUCGUGGCUGGCGCCUACGGCCAGGGUGGCCAGUGGCUCAACCCCGUGCCGAAGUGA